AUGGCAGAAGACAACUUCGUCACAGUGACCCGACCACGACUAGGCAAGCCUUCAGGCGUGACGCUCGCCUUCUCCGCGACCGGUCCCUCGCACACUCAUAUCAAGCCUCUUGCGACAGAGCUCAUGCGCCCGGAUGCCACGCGCAUCGCGGACGCUCUCAACACUGUCCCUGUGAAAUCCGAGCGCCAGGAUCCUGAGUCUGAUCCACGGAACCACGACCUCCCUCAUUUUCCUGAUUCGGAUGAUUUCAUCAAGGAGAUUUGCGGAGUCUUCCCUGAGCGAUGUCCCUGGUGGGUUCCGACUCCCACACCAGAAGAUCUCCACCCUCGCCCAACAGCGAGUUUGAGCCUCGACAACAUUAUCGACACCAUCCCAACAGACUUCGACGCCCCGGUAGCCCCCAUGAAAACCGCCCCGGCAGCCAAAGCCUUCGCCGAGUGCAACACAGAAGACAGGAGCUGCAAACCAUUCCGCCCCGUGCCAGACACCCCAUCUUCCAGCCUUCCCACCAGCCUCCCAACAGACUGGAGAAAGCCCAUCUGCCGCCACUGCCGCCCACUCCCCACGACUUUCGUGCUUCCCACUCCAACCUCUUCGCAAACCGAUCGCAAGCCUUCCGCAACAGAGGAGCUCCACCGCUCAGAUCCUACCGACUUGACCAUUCAUGCUAUCCCACCGGAGACCAAGCCUUCCGGGCUUCACCCUGCCCGCUCUUUGCUCCGACGGAUCCCCCAGUCUCUCAUUCCAAUUCCAUUCAAUUUUUGCAUGAUCCCUCCCCUCUGCGAUUUCGGUGACGAUGAGUCAAAGGAAGAUUCAAACUAA